AGCCCAUAAUCAAAAUUCGUUCAAUUUAUCCAACAGAAUCAAAAUUCCGACAACCUCGGUUCACCCACACCCACAACCCUCUCAAGCACCGAAACCUCAAAAUUUCAAUUCCCUCUUUCUUCUAUUCCAAGAACACUCAAAACAAAAACCACAAAGACAAACCAUGAAACGAAGAAUCAGAAACUUUCUAAGCCUAUGUUUUUCAUCUCUAAACUCUCAAAAUCACCACCAACGACUCUCAAAAUCACUACAAUCCACAUCAUCUUUUCAAAACUCAACAACUUUCUCAACAUUUUCCAAAACCCAAAGAGAUUCAAUGAUUUUCGAAAAGUUCAAAGAAAGACAACUCAAAGGGUCAUCAAAGGGUGAGAUAAAAGAUUCAUCUUUUUCAGUCCCAUCAUGUUUUGACACCAAUGUUGAGAAAAUGGCUCAAAAGGGUUUGAAAAAUGAGAGUGAAAAUAAUACUAUGGUUGUUGGGAAUUUUAAGGAGUUGGGUUUGAGUGAUGUGCUUGUUGAGGUUAUUGAAGAGAUUGGUGAGUUUGUACCAAGUGAGAUACAAUGUGUUGUUAUUCCAACUAUUUUGGAAGGGAAGAGUUUGUUGUUGAGUUCACCUUCUGAACAUGAUAGGACUUUGGCUUACUUGUUGCCCCUUAUUCAGCUGUUAAGACAAGAUAGAGAGUUGCCUGGUUCGAAUUCAAAGCAUCCUCGAGCUGUCGUGCUCUGUGCUUCAGAGGAGAAAACUGAACAGUGCUUUAAUGCUGCAAGAUAUAUAAUUAAUAAUGCAGAAUUGAAGUCUGCAAAGAAUUGCGCUCCAUCAGAUACCGAAAAGUCAAAUUCUUCAAUUGGCUUAAUGAUUGGAACUCCUUCUGAGAUUCUUCAAUACAUUGAAGAGGGGAUUGUUGUUCCUGCUGAAUUAAAAUACUUGGUAUUGGAUGAAGCGGAUUCCAUGCUCGGUGGGAACCUUGGUCCUGAAAUCCAUAAAAUUAUCAGACCAUUACAACAUCGUGACUCAAAAUCCAAUGUCGAAAGAUUACAAACAAUUUUGGCAAUUUCAACUAUAGCUGAGGUUUUAGGUGAAACAUCGCCCCUCGUAAAACGUCUUGAGCGUGAUCAUGCCGGAAAUAUUUCUGCACUGUCGAUAGAAAUGGAGGAAACAGAAGUUUUUCAUUUGACAGAGUCUCUGGAUGCUCUUAGGAAAAAAUUGGAGGAGGCAAUGAAUUCCCUUUAGAAAUAAUGUUUAUCAUUUUGGCCUGCAAUUUCUCUGGCAUAUUACAAAUGGGAUCACUCAAAUUAAGUUUUAUGAUCUUUGUGACUGCAACAUAAUUAUGGGAUGGAUGAUGAGGGGUAUAUUUGGUAAAUAGGAAAAUCAGAUCAUACUAAAGAAAGUUUAAUGUUUAAUUUUACCAUUUUUAAGUUGCGGGUACAUGUACAUAUUUACAAGCUAUAUGAAAAGCAUCAUUUCAUAUUGUUCCGAGAUGGAACUUUAGGAUCAA